UGGACGCCAGCGACACCGAGACGGACCUCUGGCAAGAUCUGUGUUCUUGUGGCUCAUGCUGAGGCUUCCCGACCCUUUAUAUCCAUGCAUCUCGCCCCGCCGCCCUCGCAAAGGCACACUCACCGACCGCCGACAACGCAGCAGCUGAAGAGGCACCCAGGAGGACGGCGCAUUCUGCCAAUACUUAUGGCGGUGCUCAGCGUGAUGGCGAUGGUCGAUGCCUCUAGGAGAUCUCAUGCGCAUGGGGCAUUCUCAGCCAUUUCCAGCGGCCCUCUUGGCUGCAGGGCAGCCAGCCAACCAACGUCGCUCUCAGCCGCAGCAGGGCGGCGCUCACCGCCCACAGCGAGAUCCAUUGGCGGAAGGGGAGCUCAGAGAGGACGACGGCAGCCCUUCGGCAGACCACGUCGUGACAGCAACUUCGAUCCGACUGCGAUGCGUGAGUUCUUUGUCCCUUGUGCGGCUGGCUUGGAGACCAUUGUGGAGAUGGAGAUGAGGAGAAUCACUGAACAGCUGGCUGGGGGCCGCGAUGCUCUCGAUGGCGGCUCUGUGGUGACGAAGCAGUCCAAGAGAGGGGUCACUCUGUGGGUCAGCAAGGACAUCCCCGCCGCUGUGCAGCUGCCCUACUGGCUUACCGUCUGUCUGCGGACCGGCCAGCGUGUCCUCGAGCGCAUCGACGGGCCAGUGGAGCUGAGGGAACGAGAUGAUCUGUGGAGCUGGGUCAACGCCAUCGACUGGCGGCCUUACAUGAGUGUCCAGGACACCCUCUCUGUGCAGGUGACUCUCGGCAAUGACGUCCCAUCAGACCUCAGGCACACCCACUUCACCGCCCUCACCGUCAAGGACGCCAUCGUCAAGCAGUUCCUCACCCGCGACAAGAGCGCCAGGCCGUCGGUGGACUUCGUCGACCCCGACCUGCCUCUGUUUGUUUACCUGCACCAGGGGAGGGGCACGCUGUAUCGGGCCUGGUCGGGUGCAGGGAGUUUGCAUAAGAGGGGCUACCGCAAGAAAAUGCCCAAGGCGGCGCUGCGGGAGACUAUGGCUGCUGGUGAGGGGAGGAGAGGGAAGGAAGCAAGCAUCCAUCAGCUAACCCCUGUCUGUGUGGACGUCAGGUAUGUUGUAUGUAUCCCAGUGGGAUCCGCAGUCGCGCCAGGUGCUCCUCGACCCCAUGUGCGGCUCCGGCACGAUCCCCAUCGAGGCGGCCCUUAUGGCAACCCGCCGAAUGCCCGGCGUCGUCCGCCUCGAGACCUUCCUCGCAGACAUGAACGUCGAGCCCUAUCGGACGAAAGGGACCCGUGUCGCCCCAGACGCAGAGAGCCGGGCCGUCAGCCUCCUCACCCACCUUCAUAGGACUUACGACGCGCCGCCGAGGCCCUCUCUUGGCGAGGACUGUCGGCACGAUAAUUAUGGCGACGAUCUGGAUGGCGGUCUGUAUGAUUCGGAUGGCGACAGUGUCAUCAAUGGCAUGAUGUCGCCUGUGGUGCGGCCUUUUCCCUUCUGCCGCUGGCCCGAUUUCGACGAGCCUGUGUGGCGGUCGGUGUUGCGGAAAUGUGUUGAGGGCGAGAGGGACAUAGCAGCAGAAGGGGCCGAGGCGCCUGUCAUUAUCUACGGCAGCGACCGGCAGGAGGGCGCCAUUGCGAUGGCCCGCGACGCAGCGAGACGGGCUGGUGUGAGUGAGCACGUCCAGUUGUCCCACAACGACAUUGCCCAUCUGCAGUUGCCGCACCGCCACAAGCCCGACGUGAUUGUGAGCAAUCCGCCGUGGGACAUUCGGCUGAACAGUGACGCCGGGGCGGCGUGGGAGGCGAUGAGGGCGUUUGUGUGCGAGAGGGCGGGAGGGGGCCGGGCCUGGCUGCUGUGCGGGGGCGAUGCACGAGACGAGCUGUUCGGUGCGAUGCGCAUGCGGGCGGCCAAGAAGCGGAGGAUUGUGCAGGGCGGCGUUGAGAUGAGCUUGAGGGCCUUUGACAUUUGGGACCUACACAGAGACAGAUAACACAGACGCACAGACGGGAAAACAGAAAAGGACAAGGGUGGGAGGGGACUGUCCAUGGUACAUAUUGGCUGCGUCGGUAGUAUUUGUCAUUUGUGGAGUGUGGUGUGCGCUGUAUGCUCAUACAUGUGUAUUCUGCACAUGGCUGAGACACCACCCGACUCAUCGACCACACGUACGUGUUGGUCAGGCCGUCAUUGUCCCUCCGCUUUCUGUGUCAGCCAGCAUAAGGAGCGAGGUGCCUCAGUGCAGUGUGACAUCCGUUGUAGUGGGUUUACGUGUGUGUCCGUGGUUGAGAGUGUCAAGACGUGUGUAUUAAUGGCAGUUAGGGGGCACGACACAGAUUGGGGAGGGAGGAACGUCGAGGGAACACGACGUGUAAGGGGUAUGUAUCUUGUUCACAUCCGUGUGCAGUGUACACCCAUUCGAAUGUGUGUCUCACGCUCAACGGGGGCGUAUGUCGGCA